UGUCACUGGAUUCACCUCCUUCAAUCCAGUGAUGUAACUAUAGCUUUUGUCGGCCCCAACCUAAAUUUGUUGUAGAGCCCCAUUAAUCUUUUUUAAUAGAGUUUUCCGACAAACAUUGUUUGCAUUCUUCAGCCGAAAAAGAAAUGUAGCGUCUAAAAUUAAACAACUUUAUGUUUAUAAACGUUAAUAUCUUGCACUAUGUUUUUAUUUGACCCACCCAUCCCAAACUAGAAAUUCGAUGCUGCUGCUUUGACCGCUGUCCAAGCUCAAGGAUGUCAGUACAUUCAGCUGUCAAUCUGUCACAACAUAACCUCAAUGCCUAAGUAACAUUUAGCAGCUGUUUAAGAUCCAAAUUUGAAGUCGGAGAUUUCUGGUUGACAUAUGAAAAAUAGUUUUUCCGACAUAAAGAAAAUGGAAAGAAUCGUAUCGCAGGUUGGCGUAAGCUCAAGUAUGUAACUUUUCGGAGGUUUGUACUUUGCAUCUGCUGAAAUGCAGUUAGAUAAUUUGGAAAAAGUCAGGAAAGGUGUACAAAAUGCCAGGGUCAAAAUCACGUAAUAGAAUCCAGAGGAAACAGAAUCUGAGCAAGAAGAAGGCGCCGCCCAAGACUUUGGGAGAUGUUACUAUCAAUGAUUUUGCGAAUGCGUCUACUGGAUGUCAUUCAAGGUUGAAAAAAGCUGUGGCGAACGUUGCUUCUGAAGUCAAGCAAAGAUUGAUUAUAACUGAAGACCCAGUAACUGAAAAUGAUGAUUUCCUUGAAACAAAACAAAAUAGUAUCAGUUCUAGCGAAGGAAAAAUCACAAAAGGAAAGGCUGUAAUUUCUGUUCAGAAGCAAAUCGAAGAAUCAGAUGAAGGGAAUGAUUAUCCACUGGAUCUUUGGUUUCUCAUAUCUGAACACAUUUGCCCUGAAACAGUGGGAAAGUUUGCUAGCAUUUGUAGAAAGUCGAACUACGUGACACACACAGCAAAAUUCUGGUUCCACCUCUCAAGACGAUUCCACAGAUCUGUAACUGGUUUACCGCAAUAUUUACAACCUGGACGUAUUAAACGUCUUUAUGGACUCAGAGCUUGUGUCAUUCGAGCUCUUUACUUUAGCUAUUACCAGUUCUUAAAAGGCCCGGACAAUAAGUCACAUAUGGAACAAAAAGAUCCGCAUUCUUUGGUUAAACGACGAUGUUCUCUCAUGUGGCAUAAGAAAGGGGAAACCCGAUGGUAUUUCUUUUUUAAGCUAAAGGAAUUAAAGGGAAGCUGUCAAAGGUAUUCUGGCGUUAAGCGGUUAGAUGAAAAUAGGAAUGAAAAUUACGAAUUUAAUUCACACAACGAUGUGAUGUUUAACCCAGAGGAAGGAUGCAAGGUUCUUCGAGUUACUUGUUUACAGUAUAGUAUGGUGCCAUCUGUGAUUGGUUUGACUCUGCAAACAGUAUCAAUGCACUUAUCUCCAGGAUUCGAACACCAUCGUCUAAUGCUCGGAUUUGGGUCCAUUUACGUGCCGAAAACUCCGACGACGAUGAUCACCUUAAUCGGCGUGGUUCACAUUGACGUCUUUGAUUGGUGGCAAACUCAAUACCCAUAUCAGCCAGUCGAAUUCAAAGUCCCUCAAAGCACUCCUAAAACCCCAACUUACGACUCUUGGGAACAGAUUUAUUCUCAAAUCAGGGAUCGGGAGUCUUUAAUUUAUGCAUGAUCUUUAAUGUAGAGUUUAAAUUUAUUUUUGUUCCGAACGAAAAGAGAAAAGACUGAGCGGCGCAGUAGAAAAUAACAGUUUUCCAAUCAUGUAUCUAGUUUUCAAAUGCUAGGUUGCCCAGUUUAUUUUUCCAUCUGUAUUCUGAGUUAAUUGUCAAAGAUUUUCCGUUUUGGAAAUGGAUAGGUCCUUAAAGUGAAACUUUGAAAGUUUAAAAGAGUGCAAAUCUUAAAUGUAUUACAGCUCGAUGACAGUACAAGUUCUUAAAGAAUAAAAUAUACUUUGUCAUACAAUCAGUGUGAUUUUGUUUAUACAUGUAUAAAUAAAUGCAUUAUUAA